GGAAUCAGAUGACCUCAAACUUUUCCGGCGAAUCCAACGAAAAACGGCAGAUGAAAGAUGACGAAGGCAGAGGGAACGAUGGAAAAUGGGGAAUAUGAAAGUUUAUAGGAAAUGUGUAACUUUACUUUUUAAAGUCACCUAACGUUUUUGUACUGUAAGUUCUGUUUGGAAAUUUCCAGCGCGACCACUGACUAAACACAAGAGCAACCGUCUUCGUAAUGGGUGACUGGAGUGCUUUAGGAAAACUGCUUGACAAGGUCCAGGCGUACUCCACAGCGGGAGGCAAGGUCUGGCUCUCCGUGCUCUUCAUCUUCCGGAUACUGGUCCUGGGAACGGCGGUGGAAUCAGCGUGGGGUGACGAACAGUCUGCCUUCAAAUGCAACACGCAGCAGCCUGGCUGUGAGAACGUGUGCUAUGACAAGUCAUUCCCCAUCUCUCAUGUGCGCUUCUGGGUGCUUCAGAUAAUCUUCGUUUCCAUGCCAACGCUCCUCUACCUCAGCCACAUCCUCUACCUCAUGCACAAGGAGGAGAAACUGCUCAAGAAAGAGGAAAACCUGAGAGCCAUUCAGAGCCAAGGUGGCAACGUGGACGCUCCUCUCCAGAAAAUUCAGCAGAGGAAGUUCAAGUAUGGUCUGGAGGAACAUGGGAAGAUUAAAAUGAGAGGAGGCCUUCUCUACACCUACAUUGUGAGCAUCAUUCUCAAGUCUGUUUUUGAGGUAGCCUUUUUGUUGUUACAGUGGUACAUUUAUGGUUUCCACCUCUCUGCCAUCUACACGUGUGAAAGGGUGCCCUGUCCGCACAAGGUGGACUGUUUCCUGUCCCGCCCCACUGAGAAGACCAUCUUCAUCAUCUUCAUGUUGGUGGUCUCACUAGUCUCCCUGGGCCUUAACAUCUUCGAGUUCUUUUAUGUCAUAUUUAAGAGGAUGAAAGACCAUGUCAGGGAACAGGCCGCUAGUCAGCAUCACCACAGCGGACAACUGAAGCCCUGCAUGAGCGAGAUGCCACCCCGGUCCAGUUAUGUCUACUACAACGACUGCUCAGCCCCCAUGUCCAACCUGGAGUACAACCUGAACACCACUGACAAGAACAACUCCUGCGACAGCUAUAGCAAACAGGCCAACGCUCAGAACUGGACCAAUUACAGCACUGAGCAGAACCAGCUGGGCCAGAAGGUGCCUCCGUAUCCCUGCUGCCACACCCAGGAGUUCCACUACCCCGAGAAAGUGACCCCGGGCAAGGACAUGGCCCUCCUGAGGCAGUUGGACCCACGGCCCAGCAGCCGAGCGAGCAGUCGUGCGAGGCCGGAUGAUCUCGACAUCUAGCCCGAGAUCAGAGGACUAUCAUGUGAACGGGUUCAGCUCACCCUUGGGGAGCCCCCUGCUCUGGCACCAGGCAGUGCUGAUUUACACUUUGAUGUGCCAAAAAUCCUUCAGCUACAUUCCAACCUAAUUGACAGAGGGACUCAAUUGGGUUAUUCAGACUUGAAAUGCAAAGAGACCAAUGGUUUUCUCUGUGUUUAGACUCUGUUCAGAAUUUACACCAUUAUUGUCAAUAGCUUUAAAUUUAUAGAAGUGGUCUGCGUCCCAUUUGAAGUUUUUUGUUUUGUUUCUAUUUGCCAUUUUUUUUGUUCAAGAAGAGACAAUCCUUCAUGCAGUGUUUUAUGGUUCUAAGUUAUUGAGUGUUGUAGUUUAAGAGGGUGGAUGAUACAUGGAAGACACAAACAGAAGUUAUUUAUGGCUUGUUUGUUUCUGGUUUGGUUUUGGAGCUCAGCUGAGCAUUCUUUUCUGGAAUUUAGAGCUGUAAUAUAUUCUAAGGAUGAACUGUUCCUCAAAGAGCUCUUGCUGUUUUCUAAGAAUAGUACUGCAACGAUUCCUGCCAAUGGUUUCUGUGUGCAGUACUGAGCUUGGUUCUAACAAUCCAAUAGCUUUUCAAUUCCUGCAUUUAUGGUACGUCUUUUUUAGGAGCAAUGUUUGCACUGAUGUUUUAGACAUUUCUUAUUGUUUUAUAGAAAAUGUUUUCAUGGAUGAAUUACCAUGAGUGAGGUGUCUGUCUGAAUGCUGUUAAUAGACCGUUAUCUAUAAAUAUCACAUUCUGUCUUACAUGCCGUUCAUGGCGUUUUGAAGCACCAAGUUUGUCAGAUGAUCUAAAGGAUUAACAGAUUUUGAAGCAGUGUUUAUUUAAAUUAAAGUUUGUCAAACAUGACUCUUUUAUAUGCAACAUUUGUGACAAAUUGUUUGCGUAGAGAAUGAUGAAGUUAGGUCUUUUCAUCAUUUAAAUUAAAUGAAGUAAUGAGAUUCAAAUAGUCCCCCUUCCCUCAGAUUUUCCUAUUUAUUCUCAGCGUUAAAUGAAAACACAUGUUUGGGUAACGCUCAAAAGGCCAUAUGUGGGUGUAUAAAGAAACAAAGUCUUUCUGUUCCACUUUGCCCCUGACCAAAAGAAUUCUUCUGACUCGGUUCUGUCUAAUUUAUUACAUAAUGGAACAUUAAAAAGA